CUGCUGUGCUCCAGCUGCCCUGUGCCCGGGAGGGGCUUCUGCGGGAUCACAGGGGCGUUUAUCUUGCCCGAGAUCAGCCAAUAUUUGUGGUCACGUCAGGAGAACGAGCCGUUCCUUACACUGCUGCUGCGGAGUCCAGCGCUGCCGCCCUGCCACCACGCUCUGCUCUUCCGGCUGUAAGCGCUGCUGUCCCAGAGGAACGCUAUUUGCUGAGACCCCCAAACUCUCACCUUCUGGCACCGGAGAUGGCAGCCAUGACGGUUUUCCUGCUCCUGAGCCUUCUGAGGAUGGCGGCUCCCAGGGGACUGUGGUGCCCAGCCUGCGGGCUGUCAGCUCUGGCCCCUACCACACAGCGGGACAUUCUCAUCGCACUGGCAAAGCAGAGCAUCCUCUCUAAGCUCCACUUGCCAGACAGGCCCAACAUCACUCAGCCCACAUCCAGGGGAGCCCUGCUGACUGCUCUCCGCAGGAUGCGUAUGCAGCACAUGGAUCAGGCUGUGUCACCAGGGAUGCCCCAUGACAGCAGCGUCCCACACCUGGGUGUGCAGGAAUACGAGAUCUUGAGCUUUGCUGAGUCAGGGUCCUCCACCUCCCGCAGCAUUUGCCUACAUUUCCACUUCACCCAGGAGCUGACUGGGAGCACCGAGAUCCUGCAAGCCACCCUAUACCUGUUCUGGGCAAUCCCUGGCCCUGGGACACACCCUGUCAUAGUCAGACUCUUGCAGCCAGACCCGGCAGGGCUCAACAUGACUGUGGCCAGCGAGACACGACUGGAAGUACAGAGAGCUGGCUGGGUCACGCUGGAUGUGGGCCAAGCUGUCCGGAGCCUCCUUGGCCAAGGGAGCCAGAGGCUUACUGUGGAGCUGGAGGUGGUGGAGAACAGGGGGUCUCUCCUCCUGGCUGGCCACAGUGAUUCGCACUGGCCAUUUGUAGCAGCCCAGGCCCGAGCCAGGAAAUCCCACCGGGUCCAGCGGCGUGGCAUUGAUUGCAGUGGGGACUCUCGGAUGUGCUGCCGCAAGGAAUUCUUCAUAGACUUCAAAGAGAUCGGCUGGGAGGACUGGAUCAUCCAGCCCAAAGGAUAUCACAUGAACUACUGUUCAGGACUCUGCCCCCUGCACAUGGCUGGCAUCCCUGGCCUCGCCGCCUCCUUCCACACUGCUGUCCUCAACCUCAUCAAAGCCAACAAUGCAGAUGCAGCGGUGGACUCCUGCUGUGUGCCCACACAGCGUCGCCCCCUCUCUCUGCUCUACUAUGACCGGGACAGCAACAUUGUAAAGACUGACAUCCCUGACAUGAUUGUCGAUGCCUGUGGUUGUACCUGACCGGCUGCCUGAGGAAGCAGGAGGGCAGGACCUGUGCUGUGCAGGGCGUCCUUCCUCCUAUUCUCUCUCUGGCAGUGCGUGACCUGGCGAGCUGCUGAGAGAUGAGAACCCUGCCAAGGUGUUUUCCUGAAGCUUAAGUAUCCAGGGUGAUACUGAAUCUGCAAGUCCUCUCUUCCCUCACCUCCCACAUGGCUCCCUUCCCCCUGCCCACAGAUUCCUCUCUGCCCAUGAGCCAUGGCCUCUGAGAUUGGCUCCUGGUGGACACUGGACCCUUCUACCUGGCAGGACUGUGCAAAGCACGACUCCCCAGGCAGCUCAGGGCAGCCCUGGCACGCUCUGCUGCUGGUCCCAGACCAAGCCCAUGGUGCAGCCCUCAAUGCUGCAAUACAAACACAUGCUCUUCAGGUAACAGGUCCCAGCAGCAGCCACCUCAGGCUGCUUGGCAGAGAUAAAAGCUGAAAAGAUACUGGAGGACAGCUAGACCAGAAGGAAGAUGGCCGUCCAUGGGGCCUCACUCGUCAGCUGGACAUGAAGUUAAGGGGGUGAAGAAGGGGAAGUUGAUCCCAGUGGGAGGAUAGUGUCUCCCUCUCCGAGCAUCCCAGCUACCUGGUAUUCAAUAAAAGACUCCCAGCUGCAGUGUA